UUCGCACAAUCUCCAUCUCCAGCUCAACUAUCAUCAUCGUCCCAAGACAUUAACAAGUCGCCAUCAUCAUAUCGACUGUUCAGCAUCGUGCUCGUGCACUUCGUGCCGUGUCGCCGUCCUGAACGCCGCACCGUCUGAAUAGAUGGAUGUCGGGAGCGCGGAGGGAGAGUUCUGGUCCACGACUAGAAAGAGAUGUAGCUUCAGCCUUCUUUGGUCGUUUUCCACCUAGAAUAUUACACAGAUGUCGCAGGGUGUCAUGAGUAGUCUGGCUCCCAGCAGAGGGAGUCAGAUGGGCUCAAAUACAGGACGUCAAGUUGAGCUUUCGAGCAGUAUGGUGCGCAGGGCGCGCCCGCUCCCGACAAAACAUCCUCCAGUGUUGAGGAUACAUGAGAGGCAUGCAUCAUGAACAGUAUCUGGCACUGAGGUGCAGAUGCAAGUGUUCGCCUGGAGAGCACAAGCGGUCCGGAAGCGAGGAGAUGGAGAGGCCAAAACAGGCCGUCUCUAUGAGCUUCAGAAAUGGAAUUAAGAAUCGGAGUGACCGUUGGUGAAUGCCAAGCCCACACCCAUGAUACCCCUCGCGCUCUCAACACAUUUCACUUUGAAUUGUUGCCUCUUUAUAUUCUCACCUUUAUUUCUUCGUUUACAGCAUUUACGAAUGCUAAACGGCCUUGCCCUCCCUUUAUUCGAGUCAGAGAAAUCGUUUGCAAGAUAAGCUUGCAACAUGACUUCCCGCCUCGCCUCUUCCUCAUCCUCUCCUCCUCGCCGGGUCAUCAUGCCCACCCUCCCCGUCGUCUUCCCUCGGUCGACGUCAUCAACGCCAAAUCCUGAGAUCGCAGCGAUCUCGAGCGAGGCGGCAGACACCAAGCUCGGCGGCGAGCAGAGCCGCGUCGAAGACACCCAGGCCGCUCAAGGCUCCACCUCCCUCCCAGCAUCUUUGAAAGAUGCCAGCACCACCGUCGCAGCAAUCGAGCCAAGUGCUGAAGACGAUGUGUUUGGUGCUCCCACCUCUGAUACAAACGGCAACGUCCCCGUCAACACUGUCGCUCGUCGAAUCAUCAACAACCUGCGUGCUCCGGCUGGGUACAACGGUUUUGCCCCGCGACCAGACCGUGUGAAUCAGAUCCCAACCGCCGCCAACGCUCAAGGACUCUACCCACCAACUGCUCUCAUCUUUGUGGCAAACCUCUCCAAGUACCGCUCUGAGGACCAGCUUGAAGUUGCCUGUCAUCAGACGUUUGAUACGUACGGCCCAAAUCACGUCAAGAUCCGACGUGACCGAAACCAGCAUCCGUUCGCGUUCAUCCAGUACCAUAAAGACGAAGAUGCCACCGCGGCUGUCUCAGGAGCUUAUGGUCUAAUCAUAGACGGGAGAAAGAUUCGGAUCGAACAGGCCAAGGCAGAACGCUCUGUAAUUCUCAGCAAGACUGAUGGUACCAUGAUCACCGAGGCGGAAACUCGUGGAAUUCUCGAACGCUACGGACCUCUCGAGCUUGUCGCCCCGACCAAUAUGGCCAAUCGACGCCACGGUGGCUCAGGUUAUGGCAUGUAUGUCAAGUUUGCGUUCUACCUCGACUGUCGUGACGCUCUCAAGCUCUUUCAGAAUCACACCACUGGCUACCAGCUUUACAUGGCUCCUUCCCUUGAACCUCGCUUCCGCGUCGGAGCUGACGGUGCCACUGUCAUUGGUGGCUUCGCAAACCCUCGCUCUAUCAUUGAUCAGAAGUCCAUUUAUGUUGGAAACCUGCCAGAGGGGACGACCCGUGCUCACCUUGAGGAGCUCUUUGCCGAGUUUGGAGAGAUUGUCCAGGUCAACGUCAUCAAGAAGACUUAUGAGAACGAUGCUGUGAACAUCUUCGCUUUCAUCGAAUUCGCCACUUCCCACGCGGCCGACCGUGCUGCUAGUGCCGAACGUUUCUUGCACGGCCUCAAGCUUCGUGUGGAGCAGAAGGAGUACUCUGCACGCCGCCCUUCCGGUCGCCUCAUGGCUCCAAAUGCGCGAAUCCAGCAACAGAACAACGGUCCAAGACGCGGAUAUGGCAACCCCAAUACCGGUUAUCCAGUCCAGCAGAAUAACAUGAACUACAAUGUCGGUGGUACCCCAGAAGUCUACAACGGCGGCCACGGUCAAAGCGUCGGUGUUCAUGGCAUGCCAGCUCACCAGAUGACUCCACCUGCGACCAUCCAGUACAACCAUCAGGGAAUCCCGCAGCCCAUGUAUGGAACUCCACAACAGCAGACCUCCGCCUACGGAUUUGGCACCAUGACCCCUCCAAGCUACUCGAACAUGACCUACGGCAACAUGAGCCACAUGCUCCCAGCUGGAAUCUUCUCCCCCACUCCCACUCACAUGGAUCACGAUCAAGUCCAUCAUGGCUUCGCUGGUCAUUCCAAUGCUCCUCCUCCCCCACAGAUCUACCAGUCUCCAAGCGGCGGCUACGUUGGACAUCCCAUCGCGACCAUCCCAGAGACCCAUGAAGAAGGAGAAUACUAGCAAUAAGGAAGGCGUUUGAGGCGUUUGAGGCGAACAGAAUCCACAUGUGCACCACAGAGCAUGGAAUAUGGAACAUGAACAUACGUCUCUCACAUUACUAUUGACAGAGCACAAACACACAUUCACAUCCACAUCAACAUCAUAAGCAAGACACAGAGACACAUACAUGGCUGAGUGCAUUGAAAUGGGCUGGAUAGGCUUGAUAUGGGCUGGAGAAAUGGGGCUUGAAAUGGGCUGAAAACUCUCACACAAUUGUGAGAUAAACAUGAAAUAGAGCUGAGCAUAAUAAUGAAUUCUCCACUCUUCUAGCAUA